CUAUUGAAGCUCAUGUGCAUGGUGUCCAUACCUGUAGCCCUGGGUACAGUGCUUAUGGGAUGGGAUCUCCAUGACCGUGAGGCAUCAGCGUUCGAGUCAGCCGUUUUCAACACGUUUAACCAGAACUUCUUCGCGUUAGCCAUAUGCGUCUUUAUCAUUGGAUACUUCUAUAAAUGUAACAGAGUCUACGUACAGUCUGUGGAGUGGGGACCACUACAACCGCUUGGGAGAAUGUCGUACUGCGCUAUGUUGUUACAUGCAACAGUGCUCAGGACGUAUGGCGGUCAAAUGAGGAGAUCCUUUUACGCUACCGAUUACACUGCUAUAAUGCUGUUCGCUGGUAUAGUCUGCACAACCUACUUGUUCUCUUUACCUCUAUAUCUCUUUGUGGAGGCGCCAGCCUGUCAAGUGCAGAAGAUUCUGUUCGGGCCAAAGAGACAAAAGAAGGAACGAGAAAACGGCAACUCGACGUGUGUCAAGCCGGGAGUCUCAAGCGUAUCCGUGUCCACUGUUUCGACACACAUCUAAAAGACUUAUUAUUUUUAUAUUCUUACUUUUAAGUUUUAAUAAAGUUUUAUUUGAAAA